AUGGCAGGCGCCGCGGACGCCGUGAAGCUGCCGCGGGGGCCGCCGCUCAAGGUGCUGGCGGGGCAGCUGCGGCGCGACGGGGCAGGCGGCCCCGGAGGGUGGCGGCUGUUGCGGACGGCGGCGGGCCGCGGGCCGCUCGAGCUGGCGGCCGUGUGGAUGCAGGGCACCGUAGUGGCGGCGGCGGGCGACGGCGCCGCGCGGCUGCAGGACUCGAGCGGGACCUUCUCGGUGCGCGGCCUGGAGCGGGUGCCGCGCGGGCGGGCCUGCCUCGUCCCAGGCAAGUACGUGAUGGUCAUGGGGCUGGUGCAGGCGUGCAGCCCCGAGCCGUGCCUGCAGGCGGUGAAGAUGACGGACCUGUCGGACAACCCGGUCCAUGCGCGCAUGUGGGAGCUGGAGGUGGAGGACCUGCACCGGAACCUGCCCUAGCUGCGCCUGCGCCCCCGGCCUUGGCGGGACCCCCGGCUGUCUGCCCCGGCCGGGUCUCCCGUGCUCCUCGGAGACCCCGCGUGGGCCCAGCAGGGAGCCUGGACUCGCGGUU